AUGGCGGCGUCGCUUCACGACGAGGCGCCCGACGACGCGGCGCCGGCGGCGGGGCCGCCGUCGUUCUUCAGCGCGCUCGGGGCGCCGCUCGACGUGCAGCUCCGCGUCGCCGCGUCCCUCACGUCCGUGGCGGACAUGGUCAACCUCGAGGCGACGAGCAAGUGGGCGCGGCGGCCCAUGUGGCGCGCCGCGACGAUCAGCUCCGUCGGCGGCUUCGCGCCGCGGAUCGAGUCGCUGUCGCUCACCGAGGCGGCGGCCGCGACGCUCGUCACGGACCACCUCCGCGUGCCGCGCUGCCUGCCGCCGACGACGUCCAACGCCCGCUACGUGAACCGGCUCUCGCUGCUGCGCGUCGCGAGCGUCGAAUCGGCCGGCGGCUACGACGUCGUCGUCGCGCCGUCGGCGGACGCCGCGGCGCGCGGGCGACGGACGCGGCGCGGGGCCCCCCCGGGCCGGCCGCCCUUCGACGACCCGGCGGCGCUCCGGGUCAACGCCCACCGAAUCGACGACGACGGCUUCCUCGCGCUGCGCGCGUCGUUUCCGUGGCGCGCGCUCGUCCUCGACGCGGAGAACGGCGCCGUGCGCGUGCUGCUCGCGGACAACAUCCACGGCUGGGUCAAGAACCACGUCGUCGCGAACCGCAGCUUCCCGCUCAAGUCGCCGCGCGCCGCGGCGUCGACGUCGGACGCGUUCUUUUUGGGCUCGCACCUCGACCGCUGGGCGAAGCUCGCCGUCACCUAG